CUCCCUCAGUAGUACCUGCCAUCCUCUCUCAUGCACUCCAGCAGACGGAGAACAGCAGCUGAGCCGAUCGCUGCACUCGGCACUGAACAGUGAGAGAGAAGAGAGGAGAACAGAGGAGGAGAAAAGCGGAAGAAAAAACUGAGAGGACAACAGAGGAGAGAAGAAGAAAGAAGAAUAGAAUAGAGAAGAAUAUAUUUAUCCCUCUGUUCCUCUCUGUUGCCAUGGUGAUGGUGAUGAUGAUAUGGAUGCGUCUGCCCACAGCCUUCCUCCCUCCGCUCCUCUUCCUCACCAUCUAUAGCAUGUUUUUGACCCCAGUGACCCCUGCGGUGACAUCGGCCCCCACCGACCCCCCUGACCCAUGUGAGGGAUGGCCGUGUCUGAACGGAGGAGUGUGCUCUUCUCUCCUGGACUCACAGUGGACGUACACCUGCACCUGCAGACCGGCCUUCACCGGACACAACUGUGAGUUUUUUGCCGACCCCUGCACCAGUGGCCCAUGUCUCCAUGGUAACUGUAGCCGGGAUACGAAUGGUGCUGGGUUCGUGUGCGAGUGCAAUGACGGAUACGGAGGGGUCAGGUGUGACCAGGCCAUGACAACCUUUGACCUCCCUGAGUCCUGGGAUCUGGCGGAAAGUCACGCCCCCGAGAGCGUCACUCCAGUCACUCCAGCAACAACCACUCAGCCGUCUCAGCCAAUCACAGCCAACCCCACCACUCAGGCCCCUCCCACCCUGCAGCCAUGGCAACCCAAACCCGGACAGAGAGUGGUGGAGGUCCAGUGGGACGAGCAGCAGAUCACUGAUGGUUCCGAGUGUGGGAGCUCUGCGGGUCCUGACUCCGCUGGGACGAUGACAGUUUCCAUGGAGGCUGCUGAGGAAACUGCUGUAAAGUUGGUGGUUAAUAUUAGUGGUCCCGCUGUGUUAUGGCGAGUUAAGGAUGAAGGUUAUUCACACUGCUCUGUAGACGACGGCACCAUUGUUUGGUUCCAGCAGGCGGCCGACGGUCUGGUCAUCCCUGACCAGUCACUUCCACUCGGACACAAUUACUUCAUCACUGUGCUGCGUGUUGGCGCCCCCUCUGCUCCGGAGGUGACUGUGCGUCUGCAGCUAACAGUGAAGGCCAGCAGCUGCAUGGAACCUGGCAGUGGCUUCAGCGACCCACAAUGCUCUGGCAGAGGGAGGUGCAUCACCCAGCCAUCUGCGAGCACGUUUUAUUGUCAGUGUGACGAUGGAUUUUCUGGAAUUUUCUGUGAGGAAUUUGAUGCGUGCCACACAAAGCCGUGUGAGAAUAAUGGAACCUGCACUGACCUGAGACAGGGAGACGAGGGACGCAACUACACCUGUAUCUGCCCACCAGGGUUUGAGGGCGAGCGCUGUCAGGCUGUGGUGGAUCACUGCGCCUCAGAACCCUGCAGGAACAGAGCCACUUGCACCAGCACGCUGGACGGACCACGCUGCUACUGCACUGAGGGUUACCAGGGCAGUGCGUGUGAGGUGAGGGUGGACCCGUGUCUGUCCACUCCGUGCCACAACAACGGCACCUGUUACCCACAGGUAGGUGGUCGGGGCUUCAGCUGCACAUGUCCAGCGGGAUUCACCGGACCCACCUGUGGUCAGCUGGUGGAUUUCUGCGCUCUGAACCCAUGUGCUCACGGCAUCUGCCGCAGCGCCGGCACCAGCUACAGGUGUCUGUGUGUUCCAGGUUAUCAUGGAUUGUACUGUGAGGAGGAGUAUAAUGAGUGUCUGUCUGCUCCGUGUCAGAACUAUGCCACCUGCAGGGACCUCAUCAACGCGUAUGAGUGCAUCUGCACCCCACAGUACACAGGGAGACACUGCGAGGUCUACAGAGACCCAUGUGUGAGGCUGCAGUGUCAGAACGGAGGGCGCUGUGAGAGCAGAGGGAGCAACACCAGUUGUGUCUGUACACCUGGAUAUAAAGGUGUGAACUGUGAGGUGGACAUCAAUGAGUGUGAGAGCAACCCUUGUCACCAUGGUGGCACCUGCAUUGACCAAUCAAACGACUUCACCUGUCACUGCCCACCUGGCUGGGUGGGCGGGAACUGUGAGAUUCAUCUGCAGUGGAAGAUGGCUCACCCGGUUGACUCUCUCACUAAUAUGCCUCGUCACUCUCUCUACAUUAUCAUUGGAGCUCUGUGCGUAGCCUUCGUCCUGAUGCUCAUCAUCCUCAUCGUGGGAAUUUGCCGGAUCAGCCGGAUUGAGUAUCAGGCCUCGUCCCGACACGCCUAUCAGGAGUUCUACAACUGCCGCAGCAUCGACAGCGACUUCAGCAAUGCCAUUGCCUCCAUACGCCACGCCAGGUUUGGGAAGAAGUCCCGGCCGGCCAUGUACGACGCCACUCCUAUCUCUUACGAAGACUACAGUCCAGACGACAAGCCACUAGUCACACUCAUCAAAACAAAAGAUUUGUAAAGCACUGAAAACACACACGCACACACUUUUACACACCACACACACACACACACACACACACACACACACACACACACACACACACACACACACACACACUCACAAGCUGAUUCUGAC